AUGCUUACAAUUCAUUCAUAUGUAAAUUUAUUUUCAAUUUUAACUUCAAAAAUCAAAUUCUUGACAACUUUUCGUGACAUAUUAUUUCAUACAAUAAUUUUUCCUGUUGCUAUUUUGACAAGUUUAAUGUUUUGGGGCCUUUAUAUAAUCAAUCCAGAAUUAGUAAUGCCUUCAUGGGCAUAUCAACAGAUACCAGGAUGGAUAAAUCAUGUUACUCAUACUUAUCCUUUUAUAACAGUUAUCCUUGAAAUAAUAUUAACUAAACAUGAGAUACCUUCAUCAAUGAAAAAGGCAACUCUCCUUACAUUGACCGCUUUUACAGGAUAUAUUUUAAUAUUGGUACAUUUUUAUUUAACAUAUAAUGUUUGGUUAUAUCCAAUUUUUCAUUAUAUAUCUACGAUUACUACGAUCAGUAUAUUAAUGUCAACAGCUGUCUUGAUGGUUAUAUUAUCUAAUAUAGCUAUUUAUAUAUCCAAAACUAUACAUUCUUCAUCAUUCUCAUUAUCGUCAUCUACAAAAUAUAAAAAAAAUAUAUAA